AUGUUCCUUACAGUCUAAAUAUUGUCUUCCAAGUGUCCCAGAUAUUUCAGGAUAGGAAACGUCGAUGUCUCAAUUACCGACAUUCAACUUCUCAAUAAAUGAUAUCCGUGAUUUGCUAGAUAAGGUCGUACUCACCUUGGAGGACUGGUCUAGAGGCAAUGCUGUACAGACCGAGGUGGUACAGUUGUUAGAUGAUGCAAUAACAACACUGCGUUCCGUUUGUAGCAGGGCGGAAGGACUUCCAGCCGAAAAUAACCGGCAGAUCUCCGCUAAUCCUCCACAUGAAGGCACAUUGGUAGAUUAUUCAGGACACUUCGGGUGGAGACGUACUUUGAAGCAGAAACUGCAUUCUCAGUUCAAGAUACGGGACUUUCGUCUAUGUCAAGAGUUCAUAUGCAAUGCAAACAUGCAUGGAAGAGAUGUCUUUUGUGUUAUGGCCACUGGUUCCGGAAAAUCAUUGACUUUCCAACUGCCCGCCCUGCUCCUUCAUGGUUGUACCAUUGUGAUCGAGCCUUUGGUCUCACUUAUAGCAGAUCAGGUGGAGCACCUUAAGAAGCUUCAUAUUAAUGCUGUUGCACUAGGAGUAAGACAUGGAGAGGAGGUGAAGAAGGAGUUGAUCUCUAUGAUCAAAGGAAAGGCUCAAGGACCUCCAAUCAAAAUAUGCUAUAUAACACCAGAAAAACUAUUCAGGGAUGAAGAAAUCAUGCCCAUCAUGCUCAAAUUGAAUGAGUGUAAGCAACUUGCUAGAUUUGUCAUUGAUGAGGUCCAUGGAAUCCACAGGUUCUCAGUGGAAUUCAGACCUUAUUACCAGGAACUCAGUCAAUUAAAACAGAAGAUGCCCAAUAUACCUAUUCUGUGCUAUACAGCCACAUGUCCUGUUACAGUUAUCAAUGAUAUUGUAGCCAUGCUUGGAUUGAAACCUGUAGUUUCAGGGCCAGUUGCACCUGAAUCUGGAACUGUCUUCUUCUCUAGUCCUAUCUAUAGGUCAAAUCUACACUAUGUAGUCUUGGCAAAGCCCAAGCCUGCAGAGAUGAAUCAAGCUCUUAUCAGAUAUAUUCUGAAAAAUCACAAGGGUAAGAGUGGCAUUAUUUACUGUCCUACCAAGAAGGAGGUGGAGCAAGUUUGCAGCACUAUACUUGUUGAAAGUGAAGGGCAGAUUAGGACUGCUGUUUACCAUGCUCAUCUAGGGGAUAAUAUCAAGACAUCAACAAUCAAUAAUUGGAAGAAUGGUUUGAUACAUGUUGUAUGUGCAACAAAUGCAUUUUCAUUGGGAAUUGACAAGUCUGAUGUACGGUUUGUCAUUCAUUACUCUUUGGCAAAGUCUCUUGAUGACUUUUUUCAGGAAUCUGGAAGAGCAGGAAGAGAUGGUUUACCUGCUGAUUGUAUUCUGUAUUAUUCUCCUCAAGAUGUCUUUGGACUUAGAAAGUUUAUGAAGGAUGAUGAGUUUGCUAAAGUGCAUGAUAUGAUUACUUUUGCCCAAGAUGUAACAACUUGUAGAAAGAAGCUUUUUGCAUACUAUUUGUCUAGUUCAUCCAAUCUUCCACAAGAACUGGAGAAUUGCCAUGACUGUGAUAACUGCAACAGGAGCCCCACAACACUUCAAACUCUCUCCAUGAAAAGUAUCACUUGGAAGAUGUUGAAGUUAUUAGAGCAGGCACACAACACCUCCAAGUCCUUCACAGUGCUUCAGCUGGUUGAACAACUACAGACUACAGCUGAUUUAGCAUAUGUCUCAAAAGAUAUGUUGCUACGUCUUUGUAUGAAGUUGCUGGUUGAAGGAUAUCUGGACACCUCCCAACAUAAGAUAAGAUGGGGAACUCUUAUCCGUAUUAUCCCGGGUCGGCGAGCUACAGAAUUUACAAGGCUUACCCAGUAUCGCAUAGACAAUGGCGAAGGACCCGAGAUUCGCUGCACGUUCAGCAACGACUUGGCUGCAGACAAGCAAACAUGGCGUCGCUAUGGCUUGACGACCUCCGGGCAGGGUCGAAGCAGAGCUCCGUCACCCGAACCCACAAUUUCGCGUGGCGCAUCUCAUCGAAAGAGGCGACGUUCUCCGUCUGGUGGCGGCGGGGGUUGAAUUUACGAAUGAUUGUUGGCUAAGACGGAGAUAGAGACAGAAUUGUUAUGCAAGCAAUGGGUAUCUCACGUGGAAUUCGAAGGAAAGGAGAGGGCCUAAAUACGAAUGUAUGUAUUAUGCAAGGAUGAGGACGUGGAUGUAUUCUACAUAGGUGUUACUAGCACAUGUCGCGUGCGAAGAACUCUGUAAAAACGACUAAAUGAGGUUUACAUCAGUAGCGGAAGCCUGCUUCACACUACUCGGGUGAACCAUACUUAGUUGAACCAUAUUCAUAC